UUAGAUUAUAACAAAAAAACUAGAAAAUAUAAGUAAUAGUUAAUUUAUCCACUAAAUUAUGUAAUAAUUAUUCAAGCAAAAAAAGUUUACCUGAAUUAUUUAUGAAUACCCCAAAUUAAUUAUUUCCUUCUUCAAUGUUAAAAAGCGGAAUUAGGGAAGGAGAACAUGUCAGAUAGCUAAAAACAGUAGAUCAAGUAAGGAGAAAAAGUUUUUAAGAUGAUGAUAUCUUGAGUUUGACUUCUACAAACAAUAAAAAAAAUAAUAAAUAGCCAUCUUAAACUAUAGAGGAUUUGAGUUAAGUUGAAAUAAGUAGGAGUAUGGAUUUUACUAAAGCCAUGGAUCAGUUUUCAUUUUAAUAGCCUAUUGAUCCUAAAAUUAAAUCAAGAGGUAUGAAUUCCCUUUUAGAAUAUAAUGGAAAUCUCUAAUACAGAAGUAGUAUAAUGAAUAAAAGUCCUAAUUUUUUAAUUUAAGAGUCUGCUGAUUAGCAUGAAAAUAUCGCUGCAAAUUAUUAAAAUAGUUAUAUACUUAUAAACUAAAGCUAGAAUCUAUUGUGCUUAAAUGAACAAAAAGACUAAGCUAUCUUAAAUAAUGAUGAAAAACUUUAAGAUUAAGCUAAUUCAAAAAAAAGAUCACCACCAAAUGCUAAGAUUAAUUUGUAAAGUAUAGAUGAAAUGUCAAAGUUGAAUUCUCCUUAGAUAUCAGGUGGAAAGGACAGUCUAUUAAUUGAUUCUUAAAAAUUAGGAGGGAAAGAAGAAGUAUUAAAGUAGAAAUAUUCUUCUUUUAAAUUUUCAUUUUUUCUUAGAAGUGCUAAAAUUUCGAAGUUCAUAUAAUUGAUGAAGCAAAAAACAAAUAAAUACUUGCUUUCUAAUUUGUAAAACACUCAGUUCAAAAUAAUAAAUGACAAAGCAUCUUUUUUUAUAUACUACGUAUAAAAGAAAUUAAUAAAAGAAAAUGGAGAUGGCAAAGAAGUUAAAUCUGGUAUUUUCAGGAAAUUAAAAAAUUAUUUUUUAAAGAUUUAUCUCUCAGAUUAAAAUGUCAUAGACCCAGAUCAUUGGUUUAAGAUCAUAUGGGAUUUAGUUGUUAUUAUCUAAAUAAUUAUUUUAACUAUCAUAAUACCUCUAAAAACAGCUUUUAGCAUUAGCUAUGAAUCAUACUUCUCUUAAAAUAACUUUGUCAAUGACUUAAUCACAAUUUAUUUACCGUUUAUAACUUUUUUUUUUGAAAUUGCUAUUAAUUUCAAUACUGCUAUUUAUAAAUCUGGACAAAUCAUAAAAGAGAGAAAAUAUAUCAUUAAAAAAUAUUUCAAAAAUAAAUUGAUAUAUGAAAUCUUAAUAUAUUUUAUCUACUUUAUCAGUAUUAAGGAGGAUUCGCUUUAUUAUCUUCAGUUGGUUAUUCUUUUGAGGGCAAAAAAAAUUUUUGAGUUACUUAAACAAUUUUUUAAUAGAUUUGACUAAGAGUAGAAUUACUAUAUAUACACUAAAAUAAUUCGUAUUGUUGCUACUUUAUUGGUCACGUGCCAUAUCGUAUCUUGUAUUUUUAUAUCAGUUGGAUUGACUAUUAAGUAAAACGAAGAUACUAAUUGGAUUGACAAGCAUUUUAGAAAUAUUGGAACUCCCAUAACUAAUACAAGUAUAUAUGUGACAGCUUUAUAUUGGAGUGUUAUAACCAUGAUCACAAUAGGAUAUGGUGAUGUUGUGCCUAUAAAUACUAAUGAAAAAGUUUUUGUUAUUUUUGUAGCUUUCAUUGCUUGUGGUACCUAUGCUUAUACUUUUAAUUAUAUUGGUGAACUCGUAAAAGAAAUUUAAAGAGAACAAAAAUAGAGUAAGAAUAAACUAUAGAAAUUAAAUCGCCAUAUGAAUGAUAGAGGAGUUCCAAAAUAUGUAAUGCAAUAGGUCAAGAAAUACUAUGAAUAUAUUAAUAAAGAAAAUCAAAAAAAUUCUAGUGACGGGUAUGAAAUGAUUAGUAAUUUACCCCAAUCACUAAAAGAUGAAGUAAUGUAAGAACUUUAUGUGAAAGUUAUUUUGCAAAAUAAAUUAUUUAAGUUGAAUUUUAGUUAGAAUUUUAUUAAAGAGUUGGCUUUAUUUGUGAAAGAAAUUAAAAUUGGACCUGAAAUAUUCUUAUAUCACUAAAAUGAAUAAUUGGAUAAAUUGUAUUUUGUGCUUAAAGGAAAUAUUUCAUUAAUGUGGAAAGUCAAAAAAGAUGAAUUUAUUAAUCUCUAACACAUUAAAAAAGGAGAUACUCUAGGCCAAAUAGAGCUUUUUACAGAAUAAAAAACAUAGUAUUUCGCCAAAACACAUGACGUAGUUACAUUAGCUUACAUCACAUUAGGAGAUUUUAAAUAUGUUAUUUCCAAAUUUCCAGACGAAUUUGAAAAAUAUCAUAAAAUUAAGGACAAAGCUAACUUUUAUUAAGAGUAUUAAGGUUUAGACAUGAAAUGUCUCAGCUGCAAUCAGUAUUCUCAUUAAAUCGCAGAUUGUCCUUAGCUCAAAUAUUAACCGAAUAUUGAUAAAAUUACUUAUUAAUACAAUCAUUCUCAAGCUUAAUAGGAGAGAUCUAAUCAUGAAAGAAGAAAGCGAACAAAAAUAAACCCUAUUUUUAUUUCUUAAGAAAUUCAGAACUCUGCCUAUAUUUUUUAGAAAAAUAAUUAAAAAUUAAAUUAUUAAGUAAAUAGAAUAGUGUAAGAAGGAAUAUCUCCUUUUCAUAAUAAUACUAGCACACCGUUUGGAACUGACGGGGAAGAAGAAGAAAUAUAUAAUUAAGGAAAUUUUGGAAAUGUGCCAGAUGAUAAAAAAAGAAAGAGCUUUUUUACAAAUAAAAAUUAUAUUAGAACUCAAACUCAUACAGAAAUUAAUUAAUCAAUAAAUUAAUCAGGUGGUUAGACAGAGUACCUUGGAGAUGAAGGUGGAACUCCGAUCAAUUAACCAUCUAAAAUAUCAGGCAUAACGAAGGCUAAAUCAAAAAAGAGCUUAUAUAUUUAAAAAUAAAUAAUUUUACAGCUCUAAAAAGAAUAUGAAUAACAAAUAUUAAAUGAAAAAAAAGAAGAAGCUAUUAAACUUCAAAAACAGAGAUUCCCUCAACUCGCUAUUCAAACAAAUAAAGACUUUGAUUAAAUUGAAGUAUAACACUUUAUUUAGAGUAAUAAUAGUGUACUUUCUCCUAGCUUAAUGAAUAAUAAUGGAGGAGCCUUAGAAAUACCCAAUUUAGGAUAUUUCAGAGAAACAAGUAUCUAAAUUAAUAAUAACAGUGAUACAAACUCUAUAUACUUGAAUAGAAGGAUUUCAGCAAAUUCACCUGCUGCUAAUUAAAAUCAAUUUGAAGAUUAUUUUGAAACUGAGCAGCACAUUUAAUCAACAAAUAAUUUCAAUUGGCUCCACAAGUAGUAGACUAUUCAACUAUAGCCUUACACAAUUAAUUAAACCUCUAAUUAUAUCUAAAGUAUUCCUGCAAUAAGGGGAAGAUAAAGCUCUAUAUAAAAUAUAUAAAUUGAUGGUAAAAAUCCUUUAUCUCCUCGAAAUCAAAGUAAUGUUGAAUAAGGUUCUAUUAAUAACCUCAUUAACAGCAUUACAAUAUCUAAUAACUUGCAAUAAAAUAACACAAAUAAUAAUCCUAUUAGUAACCCUAACAAUUAAGUUAACUCAAGCACGUUUCUAACAAAUAACAGUAACAUGAAUUCUAAUUAAAACCAUAGGAGCUAAAAUUAGCUAUCUCUAGGAAGAGUUGAUACUAUGCUAGGCACACAAUAUUAAAAGAUUCUAUAACCUACAUAAUAGCCAACAUUUAACGAAAUAGGUUAUUAAUCACAUCAUGAAGAGGAAACAAAUACAAAAUCAGGUAUUGUAUCUCAAACAAAAAAGAAAAAGACAAAUCCAAACAUUUAUUCUCAUUUAUAGCACAAUUUGCUGAAUUCUCCUAAUACUCUGCAAAAUAGGAAUGACUUUUAUGUAAUUUUAUCAUUUGAUAAAAUGAAACAAUACACUUACUAUUUCCCUCAUAAUAACUUGACUCAUAUUCUAAAAACCUUUAGAAAAAAAUAAGCAAAAUUAGUAAAAUAAAAAAAAAUAAAACCUAAAACGUAGAAUACCAAACAUAAGACAUCAAUCUUUAUGAGUAAAGAUUUUAAGUGAUAUUAAAUAAUUUUUGUAUUGCUCUAUUUUAAGUGUUUAUUUCUU